AAUCUGAUGUUUUGGUAAUGUGGAGCUGCAAUAUUUGUGUGCAGGAAGUGGAUGAUCCGACUAUCAGAAGGUUCCUGCGUGCGCGCGAUUUCGAUAUAAGUCAAGCAUCUGCCAUGCUCCUCAAGUACUUGAAAUGGAGACGAACUUUUGUUCCCAACGGUUUCAUUUCUGCUUCAGAGGUGCCAAACCAAAGUGCACAGAACAAGAUGUUUUUACAGGGAUCGGACAAGAAGGGACGUCCAAUAGCGGUUGUCCUUGGCAAUAGACACUUUCAAGACGGCCUUAAGGAAUUCAAGCGUUUUGUAGUUUAUGGCCUCGACAAGACAUGUGCAAGGAUCCCACCAGGACAGGAGAAGUUUAUUGCCAUAGGAGACCUUGAAGGAUGGGGAUAUUCAAACAGUGACAUCCGAGGGUACCUUGGAGCUCUAUCGAUUUUGCAGGAUUGCUAUCCAGAACGACUAGGGAAGCUGUUUAUCGUUCAUGCGCCGCUGGUAUUUAUAUCAGUUUGGAAAAUCGUUUACCCUUUCAUUGACAACAAAACUAAGAAGAAGAUAGUAUUUGUGGAGAACAAAAUGCUGAAAUCAACCCUGCUCGAAGAGAUCGACGAAAGCCAACUUCCGGAGAUAUACGGAGGCCAACUACCGUUGGUUCCCAUCUAGGAAGAGAGCAAAAAGCUCAUAUUUGUGCACAACUUGCAGCUGAAUUGAAGUUAUUAUGCAGUCAUUCACUAUCUUGUACCAUUUGUCCGUUUGUAAGACCAUGAACUCAUUUAUCAUUAAAAAAAAAAAGCUGAGAGAGUAGCAAGUAAACACCCAACUAUAUGAAUGAAUGAUAAGUCCUUUUGGUGCUACAAGCAAAACGAAAACAAAACGAUCCCUUUUUUUUA